UUUGUUUAAAAUGUGAGCUCACGCCACAACUGACUGUCACUUCCUGGCUCUGGUUUCAUACAUGUGUGGCAAGAAAAGUCGAUGCCAGUGUUUGCUGGGAGGUUCUCGUCACUCCACAAACCCCAUCAAUAGAAAAUGCACCUCUGAAGAUCUUAAAAUUUGGGGAUUGCUUCUUGCAAAGGCCUAUUGAUAGCCCAGAUGAAGGAUAUGUUUGUUGGAUGAUCCUGUGCAUGGUGGCAACAUGUGCACUUCCACCGUUAUGCCAUAUGAAAACAGCCGGCAACUUUUGGUUGCUGUGUACAGCGUCAUCUUUGCUGUAGGGCUCCCAACCAACUUCUUAACAGCCAUCCUCACCUUCAUGCAGAUCAGGAGGAAAAACAUCACUGCCAUCUACUUGCUUGGCCUGUCACUGUGUGAGCUGAUGUACUUGAGCACACUCCCCCUCUGGAUCAUCUAUGUGCAAAAUGACCACAAGUGGACAAUGGGGAUGCAGUCAUGCCUUGUGACUGGCUACAUCUUCUUCUGCAAUAUCUACAUCAGCAUCCUUCUCUUGUGCUGUAUUUCCGCCGAUCGUUACGUGGCAGUCGUUCAGGCCCUGGAGAGCAGGGGAAAAUGGUAUCGGAGCCAAAGAACUGCUACUGUGAUCACAGUUGCUCUCUUCGCUGUGGUUGCAGUGAUCUAUUGUCCUGUGUUUUUUGUGAAGAAGAUCCAAAACUCGAAUAGCACCACAUGCUUUGAAUCGCCCUUCAACACAGAGCUGGCCUAUUACAAUGCCUCCCGUUUCUUUGUAGGCUUUGUUAUCCCUUUGCUGAUCCUGAUUUUCAUGAACUACAAAAUCUUUCAAAGCAUUAAGACCAGCUGUAGCCUCAGCCCACUGCAGAAAGCUAAAGUGAAGCGCCUGGCUAUUGCCGUCAUUGUCAUCUUUCUUAUCUGCUUUGCUCCCUACCACUGCAUUGUACUCAUACGCGCCAUAUUCUAUUUACUGUACCCAAACGAGAACUGUGGUUUUGAGAAAGAGAUCUACACCACAUCAGUGGUGUUCCUGUGCUUUUCCACUGCCAACGCUGUGGCCGACCCAUUCAUCUAUGUGCUGGCCAGUGAAAAUGCCAGAAAGGAAAUAUGCCGAACUUUCCAGUUCUGUGGGUUUCGGCUCUCCAACGUUUCGCAGACAGAGAGUAGCAAGGUUCAGGAUUCUCCUUCUCAGAUAUCUCCACGAAAGGAGACACUUACAGUUGGAAAUCCAGAGAACAGGUAGCACAUCUUUCCUCUACAGAAGCUCCAUAGCAGUAAGAAGAGGGAGAUAAUAGUAUGAUGUUUUUCCUUAUGGGCUUGAGGUCGAGAAAAAGCCUGUCUGCUCUGGGAAAGAGUGUGAACCAUUCCACUGCAAGUGGUGAAUAGCCCUUUGAGUACAUCAUGGUUGUUGUUUACAAUGGGAUGAUGUCAUGACAUUUGGAUUUGCAGCUGGAUCUGAACAUUUUGCAGAACAUGAUGAUAUACUAGGAAUGGGGCACACAGAAGGUUCAAACUGGUGGGUCAGACAACACAACUCAUGGGUGGUAAAUAAUCUGAUUAUCAUCCGCUGGAUUGAGAGCAAGAGUGAUGUAUAGCUGUUUAUGACAAUUUUAAAUGGAGAGAGGAAUAAUAAACACUAUUGCCUUUCUGGGGUCAUUUGUUGUAUCAUGCUGAUUCUUGUCUAAACAUUUAUGUUGUCUUAAAUAAAUGACCCAAUAUUUUA